CAUGAUUCAAUUGGGUGUACGUAGCAAACAUGGGAAUCAAUAUGGUAAGCAUUACAUGGUUUCUUUUGUCUCUACAUUUUCCUCUCUCUCUCUAAAAACUGAGUUGCCUCAUUCAGUACUAAAAGAGAAGAAAUGGGUGGUAGAAAGAGAAGGAAAGUGAAAUUGUUAUCUGCGAGGGUGGUGGAUGAUAAAAGAAGAACAACAAUGAAUAAGAAAGCAAUGUUGGAAAUGCAAACUUGGUCUGAUCUUCCCAUAGAACUUCUGGAACUGAUAUUCUGUCGCUUGUCGCUAGAGGAUAAUAUCCGUUCCUCCAUUGCUUGCAAGAGAUGGAACACUGCUGCCAUUUCUGUUAGAGUGGUAAACCAUUCACCCUGGCUUAUGUAUUUUCCAAAAUUUGGUAACAUGUAUGAGUUCUACGAUCCAGCUCAGCGCAAGACCUAUUCUCUUGAGUUGCCAGAGUUGUAUGGGUCGAGAGUUUGCUACACCAAAGAUGGUUGGCUGUUGCUAUACAGACCCAGAACAAACCGUGUGUUUUUCUUUAAUCCUUUCUCUCGGGAAGUUGUCAAACUGCCAAGAUUUGAAUUGACUUAUCAGAUAGUUGCCUUCUCUUGUGCCCCAACAUCUAACACCUGUGUAGUUUUUACAGUUAGGCACAUCAGUCCCACAAUUGUUGCAAUCAGUACUUGUCAUCCUGGGGCAACUGAGUGGGUUACUGUUAAUUAUCAAAAUCGCUUGCCUUUUGUGAGUAGUAUUUGGAACAAGAUCGUUUUCUGCAAUGGAUUCUUCUACUGUCUAAGUCUCACUGGUUGGCUUGGUGUGUUUGACCCACUGGAGCAUACUUGGAGUGUUCUUGCUGUGCCACCCCCUAAAUGCCCUGAGAAUUUUUUUGCAAAAAAUUGGUGGAAGGGAAAGUUUAUGUCUGAGCAUAAUGGAGACAUUCUAGUUAUUUAUACAUGCUGUAGUGAAAAUCCCAUAAUAUUUAAGUUGGAUCAGUCAAAGAUGUUCUGGCGAGAGAUGAAAACCCUUGAUGGUAUGACACUAUUUGCCAGUUUCUUGUCAUCUCAUUCAAGAAGUGACCUCCCUGGCAUGAUGAGAAACAGCGUCUACUUCUCUAAAGUUCGUUUCUUUGGGAAACGCUGCAUAUCUUAUUCUCUUGAUGAUUGUAGAUACUAUCCUCGUAAGCAGUGUCAUGACUGGGGAGAGCAAGAUCCUUUUGAGAAUAUCUGGAUUGAACCACCUGAGGACCUCUCAUCCUUCAUUUGAACAGAAUACAAGCGAUGCUUGUUAUGUAUAUUCGAGUUAUGCAGAUCGUGGAGCAUAUUUAGAGUGUUUACUCACUCGCAUUGAGAUGAAGCUGUUCAUUGAAGUCUUAAAAGCUUUAUGAUGCAGUAACACACACAUGCAGCGCGUUAGCCUUGAGGAAUACUGAAAUCUACUCCACACCCCCUAUUUUCUGCCCUUCUAGGAUCUGAAAUUUAAGAUCCAUUGGAAGGGCCACUGUGUAUGAUCAUCUGUGCAUUCUUAGGCAUAUAAUGUGUUCCAAAUAUGUUUCAAAUAAAUAUGUUAGCUAUUUUUUGUAUUGUUGUAUUCCUAAUAUUAUUUACUAGUUUAACGAAGUUGGAAAAGCUUGGUAACUUGAAA